CUUUCUUUCUUCCCCGACUCUCUCUCUUCUCUCUCGACACAGAACGGCGACUCGAUGGCUAUUGAGAUCGAAACCGGAAAAUCAGUGGAUUCACCUCGAAUCCUUUGAUUUUUCCGGCUAAAACUGGAGGGUUUGUGGUUGAGGAAGACGAUGGCCACUCCGAUCGGGUUAACCGUAAGAUGUGACGCUUCGGUUCUCACGACGACCUACCUCCUUUUGCGACAGAGAAGGAACUGAUUGAUUAUAAGGUGAAGCAAUGUUUUUUGUUUUGGUUCUAUUGAGCUUCACUCUUCUUAUUGGUGAUGGAGCUUCAAGGCCUCGUAAUGUUGAUGUUGGAGCCAUCUUCAGUUUAGGCACUUUACAUGGUGAUGUUACAAGCGUUGCCAUGAAAGCUGCUGAGGAUGAUGUCAAUUCUGAUCCUAUCUUCCUUGGUGUAUCUAAAUUGCGUAUAAUGACUUAUGAUGCCAAGCGCAACGGAUUCCUCACCAUCAUGGGAGCAUUGCAGUUCAUGGAGACUGAUGCUGUGGCUAUAAUUGGUCCUCAGACAUCAAUAAUGGCUCAUGUUCUGUCUCAUCUUGCAAAUGACCUUAAUGUGCCUAUGUUGUCAUUCACAGCUUUUGACCCUAGCCUCUCUCCGCUCCAGUUCCCGUUCUUUGUAUAUACAGCACCUAGCGAUCUCUUUCUGAUGCGUGCCAUUGCAGAAAUGAUAAGUUACUAUGGUUGGUGUACCUAUAUGAACAUAUAAAACAACGGUGUUGUAAGAGAUUUGCUUAUAAAUCCCACAAAUUCUCAUUCUAAUUAAUAAUCUUAUUACUCAACUA